AAGAAUCAGAGCUCACCUCUAUCCCCAACUCAUUUCUCUCCUUCACCCCCUUUACUCCUACCCCUCUCACUCCUGUCUUUAAGUACUAGUAUAUAUAGUACCAACGCGGAUGCAAAUGUCAUCAAAUUGUUUCAUGACAUGUCUCUCAAGCUAACAUAGCCGUGUUUCUUCUCCAAUCCCAUUCUGGGUUUGCUUUUUCUUGAAAGAUUAUCGACCGUACAAUAAAGCUUGCGCAUGUAUAUCAUGGGAGAAAAUAAUGGAGACUGGCCACCGCCGCCGACCGGUUCGCCAAUGUAUGGUGCGGCUAAGGAUGACCACUGGACGCACUUUGACAAUUCAGUGAAUGCUGUCUCCUUUGGGUUUGUUGCCACCGCCAUUCUCGUCUCCAUGUUCCUUGUCAUGGCCAUAUUUGAGCGGCUCCUUAGACCCACCUCCCCGGCGUUGACCCCGACCGGCGGCCGGAGUUUGGGUCAGGUUGAGUCCCAGAUGGGUUUCAAUCCCAAAGUUGCCCAUCCCACACCUAAAAUUUCAGCUAGCGCCCAGGAAUAUUCAGUCUUGAUGCCCGGGGAAGAAAUGCCAACUUUUAUUGCCCAUCCAGCUCCCGUGCCUUGUCCACCGGAGCGCAUUCCUUGGCCGCCCCAUCAACAAUACUCUCCUCCUUUAACCAAUAUCGUCCCGAAUCCCAGCUCAAGUACACCACAUGUACGAUGAUCACAGACAACUUCUAAGUAGCUCAAACAUCACAUGUACGAUGAAGAUAUGAUGAUCAGGUCCUGUAUCAGCAGUUUGUGUGAGAUUCAGGUUGAGGAUAUGAUCAACCAUAAUCUAUCUGGAGAUUCCAUGCCUUACUUUUUUCCAGCCUGAGCUCAUAUAUAAGCUCAUUGUACAUAACAGUUAGAAAGGAUUUCCCGGCUGUGUCAAGUUUUCCUUCAUGGCAUAACAAAGAGAGGCGUGUAGUUUGCACUUUGCAACUACAGGCUUUGUCAAUUGUUUCCAGUUUUUUCAGAAGCCUUUCAGGGUGGCUGUUCCUUGUUAAAUUGAAAGAGAAAUAUGAAAAGUAUGAAUUACUUUUGAAUUUGGGUA